AUGGAGGAAGGGAUGGAUGUAGGCGACACAUUCGAUACUUAUGAAGAUUUUGAAAAAGCUUUAGAAGCCUACUGGAAAGAGAAAAUGUUCAGACAGCAAAUCAACAAAAAGCGAGAAUCUAAAAGUGAAAAGACCUCUAGAUUUGUAAAAUAUGAAUGUAUGGUUAAUCAUUUUGCAAAUGUCAAACUCAACUGCUCAAUUUCAGCUUGUGAGGGAUACUGUCACAGAUCUGAUGGGGAGAUUGAUUCACUUUUUGAGGGCAUUGACUUUUACAGGUUUGAGGACUUGUGUUCAGAUUUAUUCCGCCAUUCAAAGAUUCCACGAGUACAAAAUAAUCUUCGUGCAGGAGAUACACAUCUUGGAGGUGAAGAUUUUGACAACAGACUAGUUAAUCAUUUUGUGCAAGAGUUUAAACGCAAGUAUGGAAAAGACAUUUCUAACAAUCAACGUGCACUAAGACGACUUAGAUCAGCUUGUGAACGCGCAAAGAGGACACUGUCAAGCAGCUCUGAUGCUAACAUUGAGAUUGACUCCCUUUUUGAGGGCAUUGACUUUUACAGCAAAAUUACACGGGCCAGAUUUGAGGAUUUGUGUUCAGAUCUGUUCCGCUCUACCCUGGAGCCAGUAGAAAAAGCUCUUAGGGAUGCUAAGAUGGACAAAUCCAAAAUUCACGAUGUGGUACUGGUAGGGGGAUCGACAAGAAUUCCCAAAAUCCAGAAACUGUUACAAGAUUUCAUGGGAGGUAAAGAACUCAACAAAUCCAUCAACCCAGACGAAGCUGUGGCCUAUGGUGCUGCUAUCCAGGCCGCAAUUUUAAAGGGAGACACAAGUGAAGCAAUCAAAGACGUUUUACUUGUAGAUGUCACUCCACUUUCUUUGGGCAUUGAAACUGCUGGAGGAGUCAUGACUAAAAUCAUUGAAAGAAAUGCCAAAAUUCCCUGCAAGGCAUCAAAGACAUUCACCACAUAUGCUGAUAAUCAGCCAGGAGUGUCCAUUCAGGUUUUUGAAGGUGAACGAGCAAUGACCAAAGACAAUAAUAAACUGGGGAAAUUUGAACUGAAUGGAAUCCCUCCAGCACCUCGUGGUGUCCCACAAAUUGAAGUGGAAUUCAAUUUAGAUGCAAAUGGAAUCCUUAAUGUUUCAGCCAAAGACAUGAGUACGGGCAAGUCUAACAAAAUCACUAUCACCAACGACAAAGGUCGACUGAGUAAGGCUGACAUAGAUAGAAUGGUGAAUGAGGCUGAAAAAUACAAAGACGAGGACGAGAAACAACGACAAAAAAUAGCAGCCCGAAAUCAGCUGGAGUCGUAUGUGUUCUCUGUCAAACAGGCAGCAGAGGAACAUGGAGACAAACUCCCAUCUGAAGACAAAGACACUGUUACCAGAGUUUGCAGUGAAACUCUGUCAUGGUUAGACGGUAACGCCUUAGCAGAAACUGAUGAGUUCGAAUUCAAAAUAAAGGAGGUUCAAAAAGUGUGCUCUCCCAUAAUGGCCAAACUUCAUGGUGGAAAUCCGGGUCAGUCUGGUGCUAGUCAGACUAAUGGUGGUCCUACAGUAGAGGAGAUGGACUAGAUCUGUGAUCGUUGACACUAUUUUUGCUCCACUGUUAAAUUCUGAACCAUUUUUCUCAUGUAUCAUGUAUAUAUGAUAAUGUAGAUCAUUAAACAUGUGUAUAUAAUUUCAUGUAGAUAUAUAAACACCAUUUACAAUUGUUAAAAUUUAUAUUUUGUUGUUUAAAAUAAAUCGAAUUCAAAUUGAGACAUUGUUGAUUUUUUUAUUUUAUCUUGCUAUGUACCUGGAAUUAAGACAAUGAAUUGGAGAGCAAUUUCUUGUAGUUAUUACGAUUAGGAUUGGAAUGUGAUUCUAAUAAUCUACGAAAAAAUAAAUCUGCAGAAUAAUCCAUGAGACACUCCAAAAGGAACACCAAUCUUAACACAAUAAUUUGAGAGGACCGGUAAAUACACAUUGGAUGUUUUUUAAACAUGUAUAAAAAUAUUUAAUGAAAUUAGUUCAGUUUCAUUUUAAGGUUCUGAUGGUAAUCCUGAUGCUAGAUCAUAAAUUUUAAAUCAUUCUCAAAA